ACGAUAGACGUGGAUGGAAUGAACGGGAGCACACUUGAUGAGGGGCAGUUCGGUGAACUCAGUCUCCUUUUCUCGGCUCGCCUCUGUCUCGCCAAUUUCGGAUUUCCAGGCAAUGCUGUGAGCAACGAAGCCGUCAGCUCACACGAACAGACCGGCGACCAAGUGUUGGGUUCGUGAGGAGUGAAGUGGCGGAGUUGGUGGUCUGAGGCCGACACGGCGAUGUGCUCAUGCUGAAUUCGAGCUGCUCGCACCGGCACCGGCUGCAAUUGUCACAAUUCUCUGUGUCUCCGUGACGGGGCAGAGCUAUGGUGGGAUACGCUCUCUCACCAGCGCAGCCUCAAAGGCCUGCCUGGCUCGAGGCACUCCUGAACGAGAAAUUUUUCAUAGCCUGCGUAAAGCAUGCCGCUCUGAAAAAGAACGAGAGGAACAUUUUCUGCGUCGACUGCAGUGACAGUAUUUGCCAGCACUGUCUCCCAGCACACCGAACGCAUCGGCUGUUGCAGAUCCGGAGAUACGUCUACCAUGACGUAAUUCGCCUACAAGACAUUCAAAAACUGGUCGACUGCGCCCAAGUCCAGACGUACAUUAUCAACAGCGCAAGAGUUGUUUUCUUGAACCGAAGACCUCAGCCGCGUCCGUCGAAGGGACUCGGCAACGCAUGCGAGACGUGCGUCAGAAGUCUGCAAGACUCGUACCGAUACUGCUCGGUCGCAUGCAAGGUCGACUCGUACAUCACCCAAGAUAAAGACAUCCACAGCCUUCUUCCCCGGUUUACCAGCCUACAAUCGUCGGAUUUCUUCAAUUGCUCGCCAUCGGAGAGCCUGAAAAGCGGGAAGCUCGACAUGGAGGAAGACCUGUCGCCGAAUUCGACUCUGAGCGAUCAUCCGACGCAAACGUCGUCCGAUUCGUCAGGCACGGAGGGAGUCGGGUGCGGAACGGUGACCUCGACGGCCACCACGCUGCCGCCGCCGAAAAAGAUCAGAAGCAGCAGACCAUCGGCGCUGGUAUCGUCGCCCAAGUCCGUCAUCCUGCCGUCGGUCAACCGGAGAAAGGGCACGCCCCACAGGUCGCCCCUGUGGUAAGAGAAGGCAGCAGAUUACCGGAUGGGGCACCCCGUUCCCUUCAUCCACGUUCUAGUCGCGGGAGAGGGUGUCACCGACGUUUUUUUUCCUCGGGUAACUUAAUACAGUCACAGUUUUGUAGGCAAUGAGGUUCUGGGUGCAUCGAGUCUUUCAGAAUCAAAGAGCCUGCACUCCUCAGGUAGGUUCGAUGCUUCUAACGUACGAGGAUUUUGUCCAAACCCGGCAAUCGUUUUAAAUCAAGUAGACUUAGUCGCAGGUUCCUCUUCUGUCACAGGGACCUCAACAGUUUUGCUCUCUGAAGCCUUCUUGCACGGGUUUGGAGCCGCAUGGGGUUUUUUUUCCUUCUUUCCCAUUACAUUAGACAAUUUGUAUCAAUUAUUGUUGAGCCUUCGUAAGCGUUCCCAGAACAUACAUGGAUUUCCAUACUGUGUUGGUCGACAGCCGCUGAGCAGUACUCAAUUCACCUUGGAGGGAUCAAGAAUCCGCCUAUUCAGGAUUGUACACAGUCAAGAGCGUACUGGGAGUUUCUCAAUUCAGUCAUGAGCCGAUUGGGAGUUUCUAAACCUUAGUUUAUGAGUUUUGCAGAAUAAGUGGAGCUUGGAGUUUUUUGUGCUGUAACGUGGAACUCUUUUUCUACUUAUAUUGGAACUAUUGCAGUCAGAAGCAAUGAGGUCACAAACUGUCCUGGCCCAAGGUGUGUACAUUAGAAUAAACUCAGCUGAUUUCAAAAGAAAGUUCACUGUAUUCCAACUUCCUCAUUGGAAAACUGAUAUAAUUUUGUACCUUCGGCAAUUUACACAGUCGUGCCCCAUCUCUUGUUGCCCGUGUGUGUCGAGCUCCUAGUUUCUGUCGCGGGAGAUUGUCAGCUGCUCUCUUGAGAGUUAUGUCAGGGUCGUGCGUACACACGUCGGCCAGGUGGUCAAAUUCCCCGUAAGUCGAACGCUUGUGCAGCACUCAACGGGUCUGAGUCGAGAUCGAAAUUGUGGCCCUGUUUGCCUUGCCUUGCCUUGACGAUCAUGAGGUCAUGCCUCUUCUACUAUGUCCUGGACGUGCCUUUUGAUUUCUGUAGCAGGCGGGAUCAGUGUCUAUGCUGAGAUGUACACAAAUGGCGCGAGUCCUGCAUCCGGUGUGAACUGCGACAUAUCGGGUCAUUUAAUACGCCAUCUUAAUUUGGGUGUCAUUUUCCCAACUUGUGCCUUUAUGCUCCGAGUCGGAUUGGCACGCCUGUAGUGUGGAAGUGUAGUAAGUACCUGGAAGAUCAUGUGUGUACUGGCUUUUGACUUGUAGGGAUGGAUGUCCAGUGAUGAAAGCUCCUGAGACGAUUUUAGCCACCUCUCUGUGCUGCAGAUUGUCUAGCUUGAAGAAGAAUUAAGAGGACUGCGCACUUAAGCUACAUGCCAAUGGUGCCACUUCACUUCGUCUGUUUUGUUACUUAUACGGCCAGCUCCUCGACUGACCCUAAAUGAGUAGAGGCUCUGGCUGGAUACAUCUUCUGGUGUCGUGUUCUGUUGCUUCAAACAGCUUCUCAACCCUUGCAACCUUUGCCUUUGACAAUACUUCUUGUUUUCGAGGGUCGUCCUUUGCUCUCCCACACCGACCACUUCGCACGAAUGAUUGCAUAAUGUGGGUUCCCUUGGAUGAAAACAUGAGAGUACGUGUGCGGAGUUGCGCUUAAACACGUUAAGACAUCGGACCGACGAGGUGGACGGAGCCCCCAUUUAUUUCCCGUAGGCAGCUCGAAAUUGGACCAUGAAGUGAUGGGAUGAGCCCAGCAGUCGUUGUAUGGGUUUACAUCUAGUUCUUGAUAGCUAUGCUGGCGUAGGAAGCUUAACACGUACAAGUGGCAAGCAGGAGCGAAGGAACCGCUAAAACUCACACUUCCACUAAACACGCCCAAUACCGAAGUGACGAUCGCAGCGACAUUCACUCUUCCGCCGGUAUGGCGCGUGAAACAUGAAGGGAAAGCCGCCUUCAUCGCUGCUGAUGAGAAUUGCGAAAUGGCCGUUGCCCACGGCCAUCUCACAUGGCGGAGUCGCGGGCCGUCGAAAAUCACGUCCUGGAUCACGCCAGGUAAAGCCAAGGCUGAUGUAGGCCUUCAGGGGGCGCAGCCCCAGCUUUCGGGCUGGCUUAUGACAAAACGCAGUCGCCUGUCGUGUAUACAGUGAUUAGUUGAUGGCGCCAGCUGCAACCGGAGGAGGACAGUGGUACUGUCACGGAAAGUUGUCCUGUGAUAAAGACAGAGCAACUCUGUCAGAAUUACGUCCGAGUACGCGGCGCGCUCUGUGUCAUCUAUAGCACCCCAGUGACUAUUCACAGCUGUGCUGGGGAUUUGUGAUACUGAGAUGCCGCGUCCAAACCCUAAAUCACCUGCUCACAUGCGGAAGGGCAAUGAUGAAACCGAGUGCCAUGGCGUGUGCCCGUCCUUGCAGCGGGAAGUACUUUUUCCGAAACGGAAGUGCCCCUUAACUCCGAGGAUCUUU